GAGAGAGAGAAAGAGGGAGGGUGGGGAGAAGAAGAAAGGAGAAAGAAAGAGAGAGAGAGAUGGAGAGUAGAGAAAGAAACAAGUGUGUGAGAGAUGGAUAGAAAGUGUUAUUGAACAAGCGUGAAGAAGUCCUAACGUGUUUAAAAUCUAGCAAUAGACCAUACAGUUUUGUGUCAUCAACAGGUCAGUGGACUUACCGAGGGGAUUAUGUCCAAACCUUCAUCCAACGUUAAGGCCCUUCAGGCUAAUUUGAACAUCCCUAUGGGAGCUCUGCGUCCGGGGGCGGGACAUCCUGUCAAGAGGAGAGAGGAGACAGUAGACACAGAAGAGGCUCAUUCACCAGAGCAGCCCAGUGCUGCUGCCCAGACGCCAGAGGAGAAGAAGGCGUUGCCUGGGGCGGUGAAACUGCCCGGUCCUGCCGUUAACCUAUCAGAGCUGCAGAACGUCAAGAGUGAACUACGAUGGGUCACCAAGGACUAACAUGAUCCCCAGCCAGGCGGAGAGGAAGGCGAAUAAUCUUCAUAGACACAGACUUGCCCACUGCCACCGAAGACUAAGCAAACCACAAACUAAUCUUUCUGUGAAGCCAACGUCUGCAGAAAAUGUUCAGCACUUAACCAAAACCAAGAAGCAGACAUCCAUAAACUCUCUAUCAGUACGCUAAUAGGUCAAAGCGCCACAAAAGAAAUCUGUGGAGAUUGUUUUUAUCACUAAAUCUAAAUCAUGAUUAAUAUGAAAAGUGAAGUACUGUUGAGAUAUUCUGGCUUGUUUUUGCUGCAGAUAAGACUCCACUUUACUUGGAGUUUUAGAAGUGAGUUGUGUUGCAAUAACAGCAUAUUCCUAGCUUUUUUUGGAGUAUUAUUGAGUAGUAGUGGCUGGUUUAGAAGGACAUUCUUGACAAUUGGUAUACAUUUCAUAACAAAUCUGUGAAGCCUCUUCGGAUUCUGUGAUGAUGUUUCUUUUCCAUGCUGUCCAAACUCCAACUAUUCAGCACUGAUUUCUACUGUUUCUAUUAAAUUAUUAAAUCCUAAAUGCCGUCGCAACAAUUUGCAAUGGCAUUUAAGUUCAA